AUGUCAGUCAUGCGCCAACUAAAAGGAGCUUUGGCAGAUGACCCUCAGAUCGCAUCACAGGACAAACUCAUGCUCUGGUCAGCCUUUACUCUGGCCUUCUUUGCCUUCUUACGUUCGAGCGAGUUCACCUCACCAUCUUCAGUUCACUUCAACCCGCUGGUACACCUGUCCCGCUCAGACAUCAGUUUUACCUCCGCAGGCUCCUUAACAUUGCAACUGAAAUCCUCCAAAACUGAUCCCUUCCGGAUGGGCUGUUCCAUUACGCUCGCUCCUUCUGGCCGUUCAGUCUGUGUAGUACGGGCAAUGCGCCGUUACCUGGCUUACCAGCUUCCAGGCAAUUCCACCCCUCUUUAUUUCUUCUCAACUGGGCAAUUUCUCACCAGGGACAAAGUAACCUCAAUUCUGCGCCUCCAACUUCAACGCUUGGGUUUUGCCACAGAGUCCUAUGCAUCCCGCAGUUUCCGCAUUGGGGCUGCAACUACUGCUGCAGAGGCCGGCUUGCCCCCUUGGCUUAUCCAAACCCUUGGCUGUUGGUCCAGCAAUUGCUACACCCAAUACAUCAGGACACCUGCUUCAAUACUCCAAGCAGUCCCUGCCCAGCUAGCCGCCACCCAUAGUACUCCACUACAAGCUUGGGAUCCAAGCACAGGACAAUGUAGACCUUGUUAA